UUUUUCUCUUUUUUCUCUUUUUUCUCUUUUUUUUUUUUCUCAUUUUUUUUUUUUUGCUUUUCCUUCCUUUUUUCCACUUCACUUCUCAGAAAAUGCGCCUUCACGAGAUUGAGCGCACGUCGUGUGUGGCGUGGAGCCCGCAGGAGACGCUUCUUGCAGCAGGCACGGCCGCGCAGCAGCUCGAUGCGACGUUCAGCACCAGCGCCGUGCUCGAGCUCUACGCCGUCGGACCGUCCUCCGGAUCCGCAUCUGGAUCAUCCGUUCAGCAUCAUGGAGAGGGCAGCAGCAGUACCAGCACCAGCAGCAAACCGAUUGGCGCUCUUCCAAUCUCACAGCGGUUCCAAUCGCUCGCUUGGGGUGCGCAGGCGACCAGUGCAAACGACGACGAGUUGCCAGCUGGAUUCAUCGCGGGUGGCAUGGAUGGCGGCGUUCUCCAGCUCUUCUCGGCUGCUGCCAUCGCCCGUGGUGACAUCAACGCGGCGAUCGUCGCGCGCACAGAGCAACACAAGGGCCCCGUUCGCACAGUCGACUUCAACCCGUUCCAGGCCAACCUGCUUGCGUCCGGCGCGUCCGAGUCUGAGAUUUUCAUUUGGGACUUGAACAACAUCUCCAAGCCGAUGAGCCCCGGCGCUCGCACUCAGCCCCCGGGCGACAUUGUGUCGCUUGCGUGGAACCGCCAAGCGCUUGCCCAGCACAUUCUGGCCACGACGUCGCAGACGGGCCAGUCUGUCAUUUGGGAUUUGCGCAACAGCCGACCUGCGAUUCAGUUCUCCGACCCGUCGACAAAGUGCCGCUGCCGUGCGAUUGAAUGGAACCCCGACGUGGCCACCAUGCUGGCCACCGCCAGCGAGGAAGACCGCGCUCCCGUCGUGCACAUCUGGGAUUUGCGAAACGCGUACUCGCCCCUUCGCACCCUCGAGAGUCACACCAAGGGCGUCCUCUCCCUGGCCUGGUGCGGCAAGGACAGCAGCAUGCUGCUCUCCGGAGGCAAGGACAACCGCGUCGUGUGCUGGGACCCGGAGUCGGGCAAGUCCGUGUGCGAGUUGCCUCAGGCCGGUAACUGGGUGUUCGAUGUCAAGUGGAGCCCCAAAAACCCUUCGUUGGUCUCUGUCGCGUCGUUCGACGGGCGCAUUUCAGUCCACUCCAUGACAGAGGAUGGCGCUGAUGCGACAGGCGCAGGCGGGGCCCAUGGCUUUGACUCGCACCAUGCCCAGCUCUCGAGCUCGCAGCAUGCGGCAAAUGUCUCGUCGCUUUUUGGCGGGGCAGCCGGCUCUGACUUGUUUGGCUCGCAGCACCGACAGCAGCAGCAACAACAACAGCAGCAGCAGCAGCAACAGCAGCAACAACAGGCGCAGCAGCCCUUGCGUCCUGGAAUGGAUCCUGAAGUUGCCAAGGCUCUCGCUCAUCCUGCGCCCUUGCGCAACCAUGCUCCGCGCUGGCUGCGUCGCCCAUGCGGUGUCUCGUUUGGCUUUGGCGGCAAGCUGCUGUCGUUUGAUGCGUCGUCCCGAUCUGUCAAGGUGCAGGUGGUCGCGACCGAACGAUCGCUGCUCCAGCGUGUUGAUGCGCUUCAGGCUGCGCUGGUCGGUCAGAAUGGCCCGCGGUCCCUGGCAGAGUUUUCCGUGGCAAAGCUCCAGGCUGCGCAGCAGACGGGCGAUAAGCUGGACACGAAUGUCUGGCAGCUCAUCCACGCUCGUCUGUCCGGUGUCGGGCAUGCCCAACAGCUCGGCUUUGAUUCCGCCGAUCUGGAGCGUCGCAUUGCAGCACUCGGCAUCUCGCUCGAAGCGUCCUCCCCUCUUUCGCCAGCAGCGUCGCACAGCAACAACAUUGCGGAUGGCGACGCCCUUGGUUCAGAGUUGGACUCUGGCUCGCUUGAUGCCUCAUCGCGGCCGUUGCAGCUCGUUUCUCACGACGAGAACGAGUCGCUCAUCAUCCGGGCUCUGAUUGUUCGCGACUUUGAGCGCGCCGUUUCGCUGUGCAUUGAAAACAACCGUCUCUCGGACGCGCUGCUCAUUGCUCCGCUUGGUGGCCCCGCUCUCAUUGCACGGACUCAGAAUGCCUAUUUCAAGCGUCAGCCCUCCGACUUUACUCGCAUUUUGUCCAUCAUCACCCACAACAGCUACGCUCGCCUUGUCAGCUCGGUUGAUUUGCGACAUUGGCGCGAGGCGCUUGCCUUGUUCUGCUCGUCCCAUCCCCAUAGCUUUGCCCAGUUCGCCGGCUCCCUUGCCGAGCGCCUGCUCACAGAGGGCGGCGACGCUCUGCGCAUGGAUGCACUGCAGUGCUACAUGUAUGCUGGCAACUUUGUCAAGUCUGUAGAGCUGUGGCUCGCCCUGCACGGCGAUCGCGCGGACGCGUUUGCGCUGCAAGACACCAUGGAGACGGCUCUUGUCUUCCGCCAAUCGCUGCUCUUUACGGGCGAGCGUCAAGGCCAGCAAGUCAGCGCCGAGGAGCAGGAACUGCUCCAGCCCAAGUACCGCCACUACGCUGAUUUGCUCUCCUCCCAGGGUCGUCUGCAAACGGCGUUGUCAUACUUGAACAUGACCAGUGCGGCAGAUGCCGAUUCUGUUUUGCUGCGCUACCGUUUGCAAGUGGCGACUGGAGCCGGUGGCAAGCCCGUUGCGCCCUUUGAAAUCAAGCAGCUCGUUUCAACCGAUGAACUGCUUGCCAAGAAGGCGCAAGAGCAGCGCCAGCUUCAGUUGCAGCAGCAACAACUGCAACAGCAACAACAGCAGCUGCAACUGCAACAACAACAGCAACUGCAGCAACAGCAGCAACGACAGGCGUAUCAACAACCAAACCAGCUGUUCCAACAGCAGCCGAAUGCUGCUGCUCAUUCGUCGUUCCAGACCCCAACUCACGGCGGCUACAACUCGCAAGCUUUCGCCCAGCCAUCGCCUUUCCAGCAAUAUGGCGUCCCAUCGCAGCCUCAGCAGCCUCAGCAGCACUUCCAGUCUCCUGCGUCGAGCAAUGGAUUUGCUGGAUUCGCUUCCCCGUACGACAACUCUGCCGCUCUGAACAACAACAACAACGUCCCGUGGAAUCCUGCGGCCAGCGCCUCCCCUGGCCGUGUGAACGGAAUGCAAGCCCCGCUUUCGACGUUCAACGCGGGACCCACUUUCGUCGGUGGAACUCUUGCCAAUCAGCCUCCUGUCGCCGCUGGACCGCCGCCGGUCGCCGACAAGCGCUGGAACGAUCCUCCUCCCGCCCUGCUGUCCGAGCCUGCUGCGGUUGCUCGCAUGUCUGCUGCUGCCGCUGCGCCCAUCAUGUCUCCGCUCGGCGCUCCUGCCGGUUAUCCGGCUCCGGGCGCGCCGGGUCAGCCCUUUGCAAGCCCUGCGCCUCCUGUGCAGCAGCACCAGAUGCAGCCGCUGCCCCAGCAGCUGUCGCCUUACGGGUUCUCGCAGCCUGCCCCAGCCCAACCUGCGCCGCCACAGCAAGUCGGCGUGCCGCAGCAAGCUGCUGCCACUACUGCGUUUGAUGCGCCCUACCAGGCGCCUGCUGUCGUCCAACACCAGCAGCAGCCCGCCUCUGCUCCGUUUGGCGCCCCUUUCGUCGGACAGCCAGCAUUUGCCCAGCAACAGCCGCAGCUCAACCAGUUUGGCCAGCCACAGCCGCAGCACCAGUUCCAGCAACCCCAACAACAACAACAACAGCAGCAGCAGCAACAACAAGCGCGCCCUGCUGCUCCGCCUGCUCCCGUCGCCGAGCCCGAACCUCCCAUGCCGGAGGAAUAUGCGCCCAUUGUCGCCGCUCUGGAUGCCGCUCUCGAGCCCUUCCGCGCAACGCAAGCUAGGAAGGUGGAAGACAUUCGUCGUCGCCUCGGGGCGCUUUACGCCAAACUCCGUCGUCGUCAAGUGUCUGAGCACGGCAUCACCCUUUUGAACCAGCUUGCACAAGCUCUCGGUGCAAACAAUGCUCUUGCCGUUGGCCAGAUUCAUCACAUGCUCGUGACGUCUGUUGCGGAUGGCGGUGAUUGGAUUAUUGGCAUCAAGGGUGUUCUUGGUCUCAUGCGUGGUGGCGCUUAAAGUGGCGAAAAACAAAAUGUCGUUGUUUUUGAAUUUAUUCCUGGUUUUUUCGCUGCCUCUUUCCUGUUGCGUCAACUCUUCAUUUGCGUCCUUUCA